GAUGUGGUGGAAACAAGAGCUUGGGCCCCGACGGCCUAAAUUUCAAUUUCAUAAAAAGAAUGUGGCCCAUAUUAAAGAAGGAGAUUUGUGAAUUUGUAGUAGAAUUCCAUUCUAAUGGGAAAUGGGUGAGAGGUAGUAAUGCAGCUUUCAUAGUCCUAAUUCCCAAGAAGGAUAACCCAACAAGUUUAGCAGACUAUCAGCCAAUCUCCCUCAUUGGAUGCAUGUAUAAGGUCAUAUCAAAGCUUCUUGCUUACAGGAUGAAUAAGGUGAUGGAUUCAAUUAUCAGCCCAACCCAAUCUACUUUCAUCAAGGGAAGGCAAAUUGCUGAUGGCAUUGUUAUCACUAACGAAUUAAUUCUUGAUGCAAGGAAGAGAAGAAAAUCCAUAGCCAUUUUUAAGGUGGAUUUUGAAAAAGCAUAUGAUAAUGUCAAUUGGAACUUCCUCAAUUCCAUGUUGAGGAAAAUGGGAUUUUGCCCAAAGUGGUGUUCUUGGAUCAAAGGAUGCUUAUCCUCUACUUCAAUCUUGGUUUUGGUGAAUGGGAGUCCUAUUGAGGAGUUCCAAAUGUCAAAAGGAUUAAGCCAAGGUGAUCCGUUAGCCCCGUUCUUAUUCCUUGUUGUGGCAGAGGCUUUAAAUGGGUUAAUUGGUAAAGCGAUAAAAGAAGGACUAUUUAAAGGUGUGACAAUUGGUUUAAGGGGUAUGGAGAUUACACAUCUACAGUUUGCUGAUGAUACUAUUCUGUUCUGUGAGGCAUCAAGAGAAAACAUAUGGGGCAUCAAGAGAAAACAUAUGGGCCAUCAAGAGAAAACAUAUGGGCCAUCAAGUGUAUCUUCAGGAGUUUUGAGCUUGUUUCGGAACCCAGAAAUUCUCCCCCCUAUUGGAAAAUCCGGAUUUGCUGCUACUACCUCCUCCUCACCGCUGGCUGCUCCUGCUUUGUGGGGUUUCCGUGAGCUUCCCCUUGCACUACCGCCGGCUUCUUCUCCCUGCAGCUCUGGUUCCUUGCAUGCAAAUUCUGUGGUGGUGGGGUUAAAUCCGUUUUAUACAAAAGUAAGUAUGAUUGAUUUGAAGUGAAAUGUUUAUGCUUUUCAUUAAAUUGAGCAUGCCUACUUGAAAGUUUAAUUGAUUGUCCUGAUGAUUUGAAAGUGAUUGGUAAAUUAUGAUUUUUCUGUUAACCUCUACCUGUUUUGUCUCCGAUAUGGUCAUGUUAUUCGUGUGCCCGCUAGUGGGAGGUUUAUAAACGCUAGCACAUGUU